AUGCGCUUCCUGCACGGCGGAUCACAGCUCCUUGACCAGUCGACAACGGACACUGACAAUACUCCCAUGUCCUACUCUCACGAUACCAAUGCCUCCAGCACCCCACCGACGAGCGACAUGAGUCCGGGGGCGUAUGGGUCCGACUUUGCCACCUCUUCAGCCGCUGAUACCUUUGCGAACAUGGACCCGUCGCUCGGCCCGGGCAUGAUUGAAUCCGACGAGUACCAUAGCCCGGUCUUUUCGGUGUUCUCUGCCGGCAACAAUAUCCUCGAAGCUGGUGACGGCGGCAUGUUCGACCCGUCUUUAGGAACUGAUAACGGUGGUGGUAAUCACUUUGAUUUUCGAGGUAGCGCGUUUGAUUGGCUCGACUUUGACGUGUCCGAUGUUGCGCUUGCCAUGGACGGCAUCAAUGUGGGUGUAGGUGUCGGUGUCGACGUUGGCGUCGGUGUCGGUGUUCCUGGCAAUGCACCCACCUCGGGUCCCGUCUUUCAAGAGCUGCUCCCCGGCAGUGAGCCAAUGCCCCCUGUAUCAGACGCUCCCCCUCCUCCACCCCAACUCCUUGGUCCUGCUCCUCCUGCGCCCCCUCAUAUUCCGGUUCCCGCCCCCGCUCCCUCUCUCCCGCCACUACCUCGACCAUCUGUUCUGCCGUGGCCGUUCGAACAAGGUCAAGAGGCUCCAUCCGACAGGUACCCCCUCCCUCCUCUGCGCGAUGUCCUGCAAAACUCCGUGCGGUUGAAUUCGAGCUCUGGGGGAGCGAAGACAACGGAACUGGAAGGCCUAUUCCGGCUCCUGUCCAACCAACACCUCCCUGGACCCGAAGAACUUGUCGAUUCAAACAUGUCCAUGGGCCUCGAUCUGCUCCAAAGACUGCUUAAUGUAUACUUCUCCGAUUUUCAAAUCAUUCAGCCCAUCAUACACCUUCCAACCUGGAGCAUUCCGACCAGCCCGCCCGUCCUGCUCGCCGCUAUGGCUUGCAUAGGAGCCGUGUUAUCUUCUGAGCCCAACGCGGCAGAGCUCGCCGCGACCAUCAGCGAUUUUUGUUUACCAAUGAUUACCUGGUUGGGAGUAACGGAUACUGCAAAUUACUCAAAUCCUCUGUAUCUCGCAGCUCUCUGUCUGCAUCAAAUCUAUUCCCUCGGCUCCGGAAAUCGCCAACUCUACCAGAACGCAGAUCGCACGCGCGGAGUCCUGAUCGGAAGCCUCCGGGGCCUCGGGCUAUUGACGUCUCGCCCCAAUCCCAACUCACAAGAAGACAGCGACGUGCACCGGCCCCCAUCGACCGACUUGGCUAUCCUGCAGGCCGAGUGGCUGGCCUGGGCUGCGCAAGAACGAGACGUACGCAUCGCCUGGGCGUCCUUCGAGUAUGACUGCAGCCUAUGCACCCUUACGAGUCGCCGUGGUGCCGUCGACUUAAGCGAGCUACCGUCGAGAUUACCGUGCAUCGAUUCUGUUUGGGAGGCUCCUUCAGCAUCGGCCUGGGCUGCACUUAAAUCCAGACUACCUCCCAGCGCUCUGGGCGCACCGCUGUCUGGGGUCAUAUCGGCCGCGAUAGCUGGAAAACCACCGCCCAGGCACGUUUCCGUUUGGGGUAAGCGACUGUGCGGACAGGCUGUGGGCCGUCUUCUAUGGGACCUAAAGCAACUAGAAGCUAUCGCCACCAACGAAUGCUUUGGCGUCCCGUCCUUGUUUACCAGCCAUCAGCAAUCAAAACUGUCGCUUUUGAGGGGUUUGGACUGUAUGGCCGAGUCGAUGAACCACCCCAUCUCGACGGCAGAUCUCGUCAGCUACAACAUCUCGAGUCUUCUAUGUCAUUACUCCCAUCUCUACACGGCCGAAGAUACCAUGGAUACAGUCCUUUACAUCGUCCGCAAUGUUGUUUCGCGAGGUUCUCGCCCCAACAAGGGCCUCGAAGUGGCACGCUGCCGCCUGGUUUCGGCCUUGACAAAAGAUCCCCAUAGGGCUCGGAGACUUGUCUGGCAUGCUGGGCAAAUAGUCGCCGUGGCUAAUGAAUAUCUCGUGGCCGCACCAUGCGAAAUCAUGAGGCUGUUCAUGAGCUACAUCUUCAUCACCGCCUUCGCCAAGUAUUGCCCACGGCCACACAGGUCCAGCCGAGGAGGUACUGCCGCCACAACCACGACCGCUAGGAUCGUCCGGCUAGACAUUCCAAACCAUGACUCCAACCAAAGCCAGGCCGUUUCGGAAUGGAUCCAACGAGGUGGCCCCGCCAGGAUAGGAUCCGCUGAAAACAUAUAUUCCGAUGGAGCUACUCUAGCGAUCACGCAAGACGCACAGAGCAUGCUCCAGAGAUUGCAGUCUUGGGGCUUAGCUGAGAAGUUCUCCAAGAUACUACAAGUCUUUGAAAUCAACGACGGCGACGAACAGAGCAAACGCGGAGAAUAA